CCCCCCCCCCAACUCCCCCCUGCCUGCCCCAAAAGUGCAAUCUGUUUCUGGAAAGCAAACAACCUCUCUCUGAGGGUUUUGGGCCAUGGACCUGUUUCUGGGCAAAGUUCUGGUGAAGAACAACAGGGACCGAGACGAGCUAGACACGGAACGUGAGAUCAUCAUGAAGCUGCAGAACCGGAUAACCAUGCUGUUCUUCGGCUCGGGGGACUGCGAGCGGUGCCAGGACUUCACGCCGACCCUCAAGGACUUCUACAAGCGCUUGAUGGACUCAUUCUACAUGGAGCGGGCGUCCCAGCUGGUUCUGAUCUAUGUGUCGCUGGACACCUCAGAGGACCAGCAGGACAAGCUGCUGAAGAAGCUGCCCAAGUGGUGCCUGUUUCUACAUCACAACGACCCCUAUAAGAAGGAGCUGGGCCUAAGGUUCGAGGUGCAGGAGAUUCCCACGGUGGUGGUGCUGCGUCCGGAUUGUUCCGUGCUGCUCCCGAACGCCGUCUCAGAGAUCUGCGAGCUCGGCAUCGACUGCUUCCGCCGCUGGCAGGAGGCGGCGGAGGUCAUCGAUAACAACUUCGAGAUGAACGUGGAGUUUGACGACAAGAAGAUGCGGAGUCUCACCGACCCCAUCCGCAAGCUCAAGUACAAGGUGGAGAAGAAGAAGAAGAAGAGGUGGUUCCUGGGGGGAUGGGGAGGUCAUGACGAUGACGGGGAUGAGGAAGAGCAAAACGGAGACGUUUAUGACAAGGGAGACUUUAAGGGGCCUUGGGAGUAAGCUUGGGAAAAGGCAGGACCUAUAAUUUACAUCUGUCAAUCAGCCCAGGCAUGGUUUUUGAUUGGAUACUCCUUGAACUUGUGGCGGGGCAACCUAAAAGAAUGAGGACUUACAGGUUACAGUGGCCAUACAAGGGCUAAAUGUUACAUAUAGUGGAUUAAAAGGACAAGGACUUUCAGGUUACAGUGACCAUCCAAGGGGCAUGGACAUAUGGACAUAUGUUUCUUGCAUUUUGCUAAGCCCAAAUCACAGUGAGCACAGGAAUUUGUAAAAAAAAAAAGGAAAUAAUUUAAAUGUAAAAAUAAAACUACAGCACACAGACAUACAGCGCUGACAUAGCCUGAUGAAUAAGGUACUGCAAGAAAGACUGUUCAUGCACUACUUCUAGGUAUUUAUUGUAUAACUAUCUACAACAAGAUGCAGAAAAAUGGUCUUUCAUGGAAACUUUCAUAGGUGUCGAUAAUGGGCAGAUACAAUAACACAAGCUCAGUUAAUGUGACAUUUGUGUAAUAGGCCUAUAUCACUGACAUGACAGCUGUUAGACUUAUUACAGAGAUGUGGGGAAAACCACUGACUUAGACUGAGUCUGUUGCCUGCCCUGAUCAGGCACUGGUCUGCUCCUCAGUCAGACACAGAGUGUUUGCAGCACUGAUGCUAACGGUAGUUCUGAUUGCAGAACUGAUGCUAACGGUAGUUCUGAUUGCAGGACUGAUGCUAACGGUAGUUCUGAUUGCAGAACUGAUGCUAACGGUAGUUCUGAUGGCAGCACUAAUGCUAAAGAUAAUCAUACAUUUGGUCACCCUAUUUUUUAAGACUUUUCAUAAUGCUCUAUUGUGUUUAUGCAGUAGUUUAUUGUUAAACUGUUAAUCAUGCUGUCCUAGGUAAUCUGAAAAUCGAAAAAUAAAAUGUAAACCUUA